GAAAAAAAUCAUUCGAUAAUGAAAGUUUCAUCGAAAUCCUCCAAUUUAAUACGACGAAACCAACAGACUACGAUAUUUCCAAUUCCCAAUCCUCCUAAUUAAUAUUUUCAAAGGAUGGCGCGCUCAGCAACGGAUGCAACACGAUUUACGUCGACGACCCCACACGCUGCUACAAAACCAAAACCCGUAUCAAGAAAUCCAGGACCACCAGGAGAGACACCGCAACAGAGAGUUAGGAGGUUAAGAGCUGCGGCAGAUAAAGCUAGAGAUGCACAAAUUUCGACAUUUGAUAAGUUCCUUCUGAGGGGAAGAGUAUGGGCGGACAAGGCGCACAGGUUUACAGCUUUCAGUCUGAUUGGACUUACAUUUAUUGCCGGUGGCGUCACAGUCUAUGCAUUGGGAGAUAUGAUGGUAUAUAAUCGCAAAAAGCGCGCCGAGUUUUACGCAGAACAGAAAUUCAAAUAUGCCAUGGCACUUGAGAGUGCACAAGCUGCCGCAGCAUCUGGCAUUGCAACCGAAUCACAGAUAGAGUUUUUGAACAGAGAAAAGGAACGGGAACAGAAGGUCAAAAUUGCGGAAGAGGCCAAAAAGAAGGCCCCUGGAGCAUGGAAGAAAAGUAAGGACUGGUUGUUUUCGGGCCUUAAGAAAGAAGAAGAGGGAGACGAUGUAGGGACCAGUGAGAGAAGGUUAGGAUAUGAGGCAUUGAGCGAAGAGGAUGAUACUCUCGGGGAGAGGGAAAGUGAUGUUCUAAGAGCGAUCGAGGAGAAGAAAAUGGCAAUACAAAAUAAGGCGAAGUCUGCAUUUGAGGCAGAGAAGGAGAGACAAAGAAAUGGUGGACCGCUGGAUAGGAUAGGGACUGAUGGGGAAGAGCAAAAGCCGAAGUCUGGCGGUUGGACAUCAUUCAUGAUAAGGAAAUGAGCAGUGGGUGCGGAUGAGGAAGGGGGCGAAAAGAAAAGAAAUAAAUGAACGUCUAUGUAUCAUAUGGGAUGAAGGUGUCUUGCAUUGGGCUUGGCGUUCGAUUCAAUCUCUCCUGUUCUAGAACUAAGAGGUCAAAAUGGCCAAGCCGACGUCUCUCACUGUUGAUUUUGCUUACUAUUCUCAAGCGCGUGUCAAUGCUUCAAUGCGUUGAAGAUCCUUAGAUCUAACUGGGCGAAUAGUUCGGAAUAUAGCAUGCGAGGACGGGAUGUCGAAAUGAAAAAUAAUCUACUAUCGGCAAAAUAUAUACAGGAGGGUCUUGACCCCUUUUUCGUUUUCUAGAACCAAUAUACGAUUGUGUCAAAGAGUUCGAUGUCUUGAAAACUAGGGAUUGUUACCAAAGAUAGACAAAUAUGGAAACAUACUAUAAGAAGCAUGUAGAGUGCAGCACAGCAAUGAUCCAGCUAGAUUUUGAAAGGGGGUCUUGUAACGAAAGAUGGUAGGUAUCAACUUCAGAGAACCCCUUUCGAAGCUACUGAUUGUUUUUAAUGCCGAUUCGACCAAAUAUAAGCCCCACCAA